AUGCACCUGGCUCUCAACCAAGCUCGGGUCCAUGUCAAUACGGCAUACUCAAAACUCCAGAACACAGAGGAGUUAGCUGGUCAUUUGGAGGUUCAGCUUGGCAUCGACAAACAGUGGGAAAUUGGAAGCGAACAUUAUGUUCGGUUUCGAGAAGAAGGGUUGCUUCUGAAGUAUCAUUCAGCGCUUGAUGAACUCAAGCGCCUUGUCAUCAUGCAUUUAUUUGAACUGGCCAAGCUUUCGCUUUCAGGAACAGGUAAGAUUGAUUGCAGCGCCAUGUGUUUUAGGUUACAAGCUACGUCAACAGAUUAUGAAGGCCCUUCAAUGACAUUCAGACACUUCCCACCUAGGCCAAAACUAGCAUGGAAGGAUAUUGUCAAAUACAACUUUCUUGGUGAAUUUGACUUAUUGCGUCACUCACAUACUGACAUUCGAGACACUGACUGGACCGCACCUGCUCACCAUGAAGCCACAGUGAAAUACUUCAAGCUCCAACGGGCUCGUGAAGAAAUACAGUGUCUGGAUAUAGAAGUCCGUCAUCUAUGCACGGCAAUACACGACGAGAAAAUCAAGACCAACACAACCAAAGAACAACUCCUUGUUGCGAAUCCUCCACUUGCUGUGGAGUUGAGAAGGCGGUGGCAGGCACGCGCCGCCAUCAACACUAUCCAUCUGUACCAGUUGAAUCAACUUGAGUCGCAGCUUGGAUUUUCGGGCAGACGUGGUGUUGGUGUCCAACUUGCAGGUCUGUUACUGUCGCUGAACGACCAGCCGGAGGUAAUAGUUUCAUCUCCAAAUGCUGGUAUGUGCGGACUUUGUUGCUCUACCUCACUAAUUGAUAAUUUGUAG